UCCAUACCAGUUGUUAGCUGUUGCAUAGUAUCUAGGUUAGUUGUUUGAGUGCUUAUCGAGUAGUCGAAGAGGACGAACCCAUUUCAAUUUAUGUGCUACUGAUUUAGUGAUUCCAUUCUACUAUUAAUUACGUUCCUUUCUUCAAAUUCUUUUUUCUGCUGAGGUUUGAAAUCUUUCAGGGUUGACGAUCUGAGUGUUUUAGGCAGAGUUUUUAUUGGAAGAAAUCACUGAUUCUUGUCUGGUUUUGAAUUGAAUUUGAUGGAUUUGGGGUGGCUUAGCGCCAUUUUGGUUGGGGCUGGCUGCCUUGCUUUGGGUUACUGCAUCGGCUCUCGCCGUCCUGCUUUUAUCUUUCUUAGAGCUAAAGUUGUUAAGGAUGCUAACUUUGGUAAAGGAAAUGAGAAAAAAAAGUCUAAAGAACCCCUUGAAAUUGAGAAGCUCGCUGAUAUUCUCGAUGAUUUCAAAAUGGUAUUGGUUGUUAGAAAUGAUCUUAAGAUGGGAAAAGGGAAAAUCGCGGCCCAAUGCAGUCAUGCAACUUUAGGACUAUAUAAGAAGCUACUCCAUCGAGCGCCAAAAGCUUUGAACAGGUGGGAGAUGUGUGCACAACCGAAGGUGGUUGUGAAAAUUGAAAGCGAGGAGGAUAUGCUUGUUUUGCAAGAGAGAGCAAAAUCACUUAAAUUGCCAACCCAUAUUACCAUAGAUGCUGGGAGAACGCAGAUUGCGCCAAAUUCAAGAACAGUGAUGGCUAUUCUGGGACCGGUAGAAGUGGUCGAUGAUGUGACGGGCGGACUGAAGCUUUUAUAGAGACUUCUGCAUUGGAGUGAAUGACCUACAAGAACAACCCAAGUGGUACAGUUUUCCGAAGAUUUUAUGGGCAGCUCAAGUUCCACAUUCAUGAAAUUGGCUAUGCAAGCCUUAGCCAGUAAUUCUUGAUCAUUGGUCUCUCAAAUUUGCAACUAUUAAAUUUCUGAUGAUGAGGAAGAUUCUGUAAUGAUUCUUGGUGAAUGGUUAUGAGUUGUGCACUAACUGAAAAUUUUUCCCCCCUUAUUUUUAAACAUAGUGAACUAUGUAGACUGAUUUUUAGUUACAAGGGAAGGAUGGACACAGUUCUUUUUUUCUUUUGUUUUUUGGCCCUCUAGAAUUCAAAACAAGUUUUCCUACAUGUAAUGGCCAGUUUCAUUUUAUCUAGAGAAAGGUCAAACGAUAAAAUUGAA